AUGGAGGCCGAAAUAAGAGCACAAAUCCCAUCCAUCGAUCAUGUGAUAUCAGACUACGCCGUGGGAUAUCUGACGCAUGCUUCGAGGGCGUACACCGGGGAUGAAGAGCACGGCAGCUUCUCGCCGCUGUCGGAGGCGGCAGACACGGUGUCGGCGCUGCUCGUCUCUGCCUCUGGGGACUUUAGCCCGCAGAACGAAGAAGCCGUCCGCAACCUGGUAGAGAAGUUCAUCAACACGCUGAGCGCAGUCGACCCGGAGAAGAGACAGAUCUCCUCUACCGCUGCGAAGAAGCUGGACCAUACCAUCCAUGUGGGCUCGCAGCGCAACAUCUCUUCCACGCUGGGCCUCUCCGGCGUCACCGUCGACCUCGAGUCGGCCAAUACCCGCAAGGUCGAGUCCAGAGUCGACAAGAAGAAGCUCGAAAAGGCAGAGCGCAAGAUCAGAGACAAGCAGGACCGCAAGAUCAUGAAAAAUGUCGAGUACGAGGCCUCCAAGCUCAUCACCGAGGCCAACGAGGCCCAGUCCUACGAGGAGUUCUUCAUGGCCGUCAACCCCUUGCAGCUCGGCACAGACUCGCAGGCCAAGAGCAAGGACAUCAAGGUCGACGGCGUCGACGUCUCCAUCGGCGGUAAACGCAUUCUCACCGAUACCACCCUCUCCCUCUCCUUUGGCCAUCGCUACGGCAUGGUCGGCCAGAACGGUAUCGGAAAGUCUACUCUUCUGCGUGCCCUCAGCAGGAGAGAGGUCGCCAUUCCAACUCACAUCUCCAUCCUCCACGUCGAACAAGAGAUCACCGGUGAUGAUACGCCAGCCCUACAGGCAGUUUUGGAUGCAGACGUCUGGCGGAAGCGUCUCCUUGCCGAUCAAGAGAAAAUCUCGUCUCAAUUGGCUGCCAUCGAGUCUGAGAGGUCCACCAUGGCCGAUACCUCCAAGGAUGCCAUACGGCUGGAUCAGGAGCGCGAGGCCUUGGAUAUAACACUCUCCGACAUCCACGCCAAACUGGCCGAGAUGGAGUCUGACAAGGCUGAGCCCCGUGCUGCAAGCAUCCUGGCCGGUCUAGGUUUCUCCCCCGAACGCCAGCAGUAUGCCACCAAGACCUUCUCCGGAGGUUGGAGAAUGCGACUGGCCUUGGCUCGAGCUCUCUUCUGCGAACCUGACCUCCUCCUUCUUGAUGAACCCUCUAACAUGCUGGACGUUCCAUCCAUCACCUUCCUCUCCAACUAUCUCCAGACAUACCCCAGUACCGUCCUCGUCGUUUCCCACGACAGGGCUUUCCUCAACGAGGUUGCCACAGAUAUCAUCCAUCAGCACUCUGAACGGCUGGAUUACUACAAGGGUGCAAACUUCGACUCAUUCUACGCUACCAAGGAAGAACGCAAGAAGAACGCCAAGCGUGAAUAUGAAAACCAGAUGGCCCAGAGAGCUCACCUGCAAGCCUUCAUCGACAAGUUCAGAUACAACGCCUCCAAGGCUGCGGAGGCCCAGUCCAGAAUCAAGAAGCUUGAAAAAAUGCCUGUUCUUGAGCCCCCGGAGAGCGAAUAUACCGUUCACUUCAAAUUCCCCGAUGUCGAGAAGCUUUCCCCUCCAAUCAUCCAGAUGACAGACGUCACAUUCGGUUAUACCAAGGAUAACAUCCUUCUUAGGAAUGUCGACCUUGACGUCCAGCUGGAUUCGCGUAUCGGUAUCGUGGGGCCUAACGGUGCUGGUAAAACUACAGUCUUGAAACUGCUUACGGGCCAGCUACAGCCUACCAAUGGACUGAUCUCCCAACACCCGAGACUUCGAAUCGGCUUCUUCGCCCAACACCAUGUUGAUGCCCUGGACAUGACCACCUCCGCCGUGGGCUUUAUGGCCAAGAAGUUCCCCGGAAAGACCGAAGAAGAAUACAGACGGCAUCUCGGAGCCUUCGGCAUAACCGGUAUGACCGGCCUUCAGAAACUCGAACUACUCUCCGGAGGUCAAAAGUCCCGUGUGGCAUUCGCCUGCAUAUCCCUGACAAACCCACAUAUUCUCGUCCUUGACGAACCAUCCAAUCACCUCGAUAUCGAGGCCAUGGACGCCCUUACCGACGCACUGAAUAAUUUCCAGGGAGGUGUCUUGAUUGUUUCUCACGAUGUUACGAUGGUACAGAAUGUUUGCACCAGUCUUUGGGUUUGUGACAAGGGGACUGUGGAGAAAUUCUCUGGAGAUGUCAAUGCCUAUAAGAAGAGAAUCAUCGCUCAGGCAGACGCAGCUGGUGUUGCUAAAGCCCAUUAG